GCCGAGGGAGAGUACCGAGAGCUGAAUAUAUGCCACAAACGCCUCUUUGGCUGGCGGUUAAAUGCAACGCACGAGAAUCUCUGGAAAUAGGGCUUGACAAGAGUGUUAUGUCCGUCUAUUCUAAGCGAUAUCCGCAUUAGAGCCCCAAGAUAUCCACGUUUUCCAAAGAACGCCAGCGGGUUUCCGCGGACAGCGGCGGUAACCCCAACGCAGCCCGCGCGCUAGAUUAUUGACGCCGUGGCGCUACGCUUAAAUAGGGCCAAUUAGACUGCGCAUUAGCAGGACGGUUUACUGUCAAUCAAAGAGACUUGCACACGAUUUCUCCCACCUUAUCAGUCUCAGCUGAGCUCUCACGACUGCAGCAUCUGCUACUUCCACUAGUCCGCCCAACUGCCGUAUUUUCAAUUGGCUCCUCUAUCUACUUGAGACAUGGCGACGAUCCUUACCAAUGGCCGUGUACUUCGGCCAUCCGCCAAAUACAACACCAGCAACGCCGAGUUUGCACAAUGUCUCGUUAUCCGUGAUGAAGACGGCACUAUCCAACAUGUUGGAAGAUUCCAAGAUGAAGCAGUCCAAAAAAUUGUGGCCUCUGGUGGCGCGCAAACCGUGGAUAUGCAAGGACGCCUGAUUAUACCAGGACUCAUUGAUAGCCACAUGCAUGUGCUUCACACUGGCGAGGCUCUUGGACAAUUAGACUUGAUCAAUUGCAAAGACUUAGAUGAGAUCCGCGACUCUAUCCGGAAAUAUGCACAAUUACAUCCCGACGUGCCGCGUCUUUCGUGUCGCAGCUGGUUUCAAGCAUCUACCAACAACGAAGCCCUGGCCAGCGCGCUUGACGAUCUCGACCCGCGACCAAUCUACAUCACGGCUUUUGAUGUACACUCCAUGUGGUGCAAUACGGCAGCCUUGACAGAGCUGCAACUCGCCGACAUGUCUGAUCCGCCUGGCGGCAAAAUUCACCGCGACGAGAAUGGCAAGCCCAGUGGAUUGUUGUCGGAGAGCGCAGCACUCGGCAUUGCCCUACCAUUCCUUAGCAAGCAGCACAGCGAGCAAAAGAAGCUUCAGUUUAUGCACGACGCCUUUGCCGCAUACGUUAGGAGUGGCUACACUGGUUUGGUCGAAAUGGCCAUGGAUGACGCCACACUGGACAUUCUCCUAAAAUACAGGGCUAGCCGUGGAGGCCGUCUGCCAAUAUGGAUGGCUUUUCACUGGUUCAUUGCGCCCACACAUUCUGCCGAGGAGAACAUGGCACAAGUGAAGCGUGCUAUUGAGCUCCAAGCCCAGUUCAACGCUACUGGUUCGCCCGACUGCCGCAUCGCAGGCAUCAAGCUCAUGGCUGAUGGCGUUGUUGAUUCGUGCACAGCCAGCAUGGUCGAGCCGUACUCCCACACGAACCAAAACGAGCCCACCAUGUGGAAACUCGAUGAGCUGAAGCCAAUACUAAAGGCAGCCAACGAUGCUAAGCUGCAGAUAGCUAUUCACGCAAUUGGCGAUGCGGCGAUCAAGCUCGCCCUGGAUGCCUUGGAGGCAGUGGGCGACCCCACGGCGCGCCACCGCAUCGAGCACCUCGAGACAUGUGCGCCCGAGGACGUUCCUCGUCUCGGCAAGCUGGGAAUCACAGCGUCAGUGCAGCCCGUUCACAGUGACCCGUUCAACUUGACGGCAUGGCCAGAGCUGAUUGGCCCCAAGCGCUGUGGGCACGUUUUCCCGUAUAACGGAUUUGCGGAGCACGGUGCCGUCAUUGCACUGGGGACCGAUGCGCCGACGGCGUCGCAUGAGCCGCUGCCCAAUUUGUAUACGGCGACGACGCGCAGAUCCGGGCACAAGCCGGAGAUGACGGAGGUGACAACGCCACAGUAUGCGCUGAGCUUGGCUGCUGCGCUGGCGGCUUAUACAAACGGCGCUGCGUAUAGCUGUUUUGCAGAUGAUCGUGUGGGAACACUAGAAGUUGGGAAAUUGGCCAACUUGACGGUUAUAGAUGUUACGUGGGAUCCUGCUGCUCUACUCCAGGGCAAAGUGGUAGAGACUUGGUAUCAGGGAAAGAAGCUUGUUUUGUAGAGUAGAGUAGAGGAGACCUGGUGGGUAGCGUUGAUUACAGUGAUAGUAACCAACUUAAGUUACAACUUGCACCGAUGUCAUAGAGAAUAGACUACAAAACGGUAAAGCAGUAUCAAACCAUAAAAUAGACAUCGUGUGGCUUGCAUCCAACGUUUCAUCAGGUCUCCUUUUUUUGUCUUCCUUUUUUCACAGCCUCAGCUCACAGGAAUGUCACUACAUCGUACCACUACCACAAUGAACGCUCAAUAAUCGCCCACCACGGCGC